CGUACACUUCACUCCGAACGUUCGUCCGAAGCGGUUGGUUCGCUGCUUCGUUGUGUUCUCGCAGCGCGUUUACCGUAAACGUGUUCGAUUCGAGUGCCUCUGUGCUUGCCCGGGGUAUUCGGCUGCUUCGGUGAAGUAAUACCGGCAGCAGUAUAUAGCCAAGGAGUACGUGCGUCAAUUUGUGUUGGAUAUAUCCAAACGGAUCGGAGCCCAGCAAUUCCGAUUGCUCUCUGUUUUGGAAGUCUUUUCGGUGGACAUUGAGGUUUCUUUUUUUUUUCUUUUUCUUCGGUGGCUUGGCGGCGCAAUAACGCAACGCCAAGACAAAAUUCAUUAAACAUUCGGGGCAUACAGAACAACGUUUCCGGAAUGCCGACCAUUCGGCGUUGCUGCAUCAUCGGCUGCAUGUCCAAUUCGCGACAGCAUCCGAGCAUGCAGUUCUUCGCCUUUCCACGGCCGGAGAGCCCAUUCCACAAGCUCUGGAAGGAGGCGUGCCACGCCUCACUGCGUCGGAUUGUGCCCUUCAAGAAGCCCGUGGUGUGCGCGCUGCACUUUGAUCCGAGUGUCCUGGGUGGGCGGAGGCUGCAAUCGAAUGCGCUGCCCACGCUGCGGCUGGAGGUGCCAUCGAACAUGGUCGCUGUGGAGCAGCAGGCGAUGGUGGAGGAGAUUGAGCGGAGUCGCAAGUGCGCCUACAUCAAUGCCGUCGUCUACGAGUGGCUCGUGCGGGCCAACAUUAAUCCACAGCUGCGUGGCAGCAUCACACAUGGCAUGAUCAAGGACAAGGCAGAGACGGCGCGUCAGGUGAUCGGCAGCACCUCGUUUAUUGCCGACAAUCGCUGGCUGAACCGGUUCCGGGAGACUCAUCUGCAGGGCUUUGCCCAGAAACUGGCCACCAAUCAGCUGAAGCCCAUGGGCACUUCCCUCUGGAUACCCGACAUUGUCCACGAUCUGCAGCACCUGUUCCCGCCGGCCAGCGCGGAACGGGUGGCCAAGCUGGAGGAGAUGCCGGAGCACUACAUGAACUACAUGCAGCAGUAUGGCGAGUACGAGGAGGAUGACGACAGCAUGGACAUCAAGGAGCAGAGCUAUCAGGAGCAGCAGCAGCAACAGCACUUUGCACUCCAGCAGCAGCAACAACAGCAUCAGCAGCAGCACCUGCAGCAUCCAAUGAAUCAUCCAUGGCCGCCGUUCCCAGGAGCGCCGCCGCAUCCCCCAACCCAUCCGGGCUUCACUACCUUCAAUGAUUAUUACUUCGAGCGCCACCAGCAACAAAUGCACCAACAGCUUCAGCAGCAGCAACAGCAACAAAUGCAAUUCCCACCUAUGACUGUUCCCGCUCCACAUCCGCCGCGGGAGCCAUUCCAACCACAAUUGCCACCGAAUGUUGUGCCACAGCGUGUGAGUCCCUUCCAGCCAGUGCAGCUGCCGAAGCUGCACCCAAAGCUGGAGUCAGCGAAUGACAUGGAGGUGCAGGAAAUCAAUUGCUCGACAAUCUCACGAGGCUCGCCAUUGCCCCUGGCCGAGUCCACACAAGCCACGCAGGAUCUCAACGAACAGACGGCCAAUCUGCGGCUGCCCAGUCCCAAGGAGCAGAACAACAACAACAACAGCAGCGGCGGGCGCGACAGUGCCAGCAGCAAGGAGAAUGCGCCCAAGACAAACGGCGGCGGCAGCAGCGGAAAAUCCACGCCAGCCCACUCCAUCAAGAGCAACAGUUCGCCAGCGCAGCCAUCCACUUCCACGCCAGCUUCGCCCAAGAGGAGCUCCAAUAGCAGAGGCAGCAGCAGAAGCAGAUCUGGCAGCCAGACAAAUGGCCGAACAUCACCCGAACUCGAGACGAAGGGCUCCGCGGGCAUAAUGAAAGUGCUGAAGGAACUCGAUAGCUACACGGAUGCGCUCGAAUAUCUAAAGCCACUGGAGGAUUUUGUGCUGUUCAAAGAGAACUUUCGAGCCAUUGGGCUGCUCUCACAGUUGGAAUUGGUGCUGCGGAAGGGCGAGAAGGGCACGCUCGUUGAGGGCUAGACUAGAGGCGUUGCUCCUUAAAAUGACAAACACAAAACACAAAUGUGAUGAACAGCGUACAUACAAGUGUAUCGAAUAGAUUACUAAAAUAUGUAGUAUUAUUUAAGUGAAAUAAAAUCAUUAAUUUAAACUAAA